CAACAGUCGACUCUUGUAAGAGAAAGUUUAUUUUUCUCUCCCUUUUUUUUUGUCUAUAUACUUUGUUUGGAACUCAUCUAGUUCAUCUGUACAAACACUUCCUCAUCCCACACACACAUACAAAGAGAGAAAGAGAGAGAAAGUAGAGGGGCACACUUUUUUAAUCCCUACACACACUGCAGCAAAUAAAUAUCCAAUAUGACGAUUGCAGAAUUAGAAGCUAAAAUUGAGCAUAGCAGAACUAUGCGUGACAAGUUCAUUCAAAUGAGACCUUUGUUAAAGGAUCGAAAUGUGAUUUCAGACUGUGAAACUCAGAUCAAAGAAUAUCAAAAGUAUAUUGACUACUUUACUGAAGAACUGCAUCGACUCCAGACUAGAGGAAGUGAUGAACCAAGUCCUGUUCAACAACAGCAGUCAUUGCAAGUCAGAUCCGAGCAUCCUCCAAGAACAAGUUCUAUGACAGCAAAUAGCUCUGAACCACCUACUGUGAUUGCCCAAACACAAAAGGGAAAUAACAAGAAGAAAUACUCUAAUUUGGAUCUAUUAAUGUCAGAAACCCCAUAUAACAAGCCAAAAGUCUCACUUAAGCUGCAUGAACUCGAAUAUAAGCUUGAUGUUGAAAAAACCGUAUUGAAGGGUAUUAGGGGUAUGGUUGAUGUACUAGAACGUACUCCUUCAACAGAUCGAAAGAGCCGCACAGAAGUACACGAUAAAAUGUCAGAGAGUCAAGAAAAACUUACCUUAUUGAAUUCUGCCUUAAGGAAAUACAAGAGUUUGUAUAUUGGUGAGGGUGGCGAUGAAGAUGAUUAUGAAUUGGAAACACCCCCUUCUGCUCGUUUACCUCCUGGCUUUCGUAGACCUGUUACUGGUAAAUUACAGCUUGAGAUUUUAGAAGCCAUGGAACUCGCCCAUGCACCCACACGUAUGAUUCGCUCUCCUGCCACGGUUGUGAUGGUCAAGAUCGAUAACCAAAUCGUCUUUCGCUCAAGACCCGCUCGUAAUGAUAAAUGGAACGAAUUAUGUGAAACACAUGUGAACAAAGCCUCUGAAAUUGAAAUUAGUGUCUAUGAUCAAUCUCCUGAAAAGUCUUUGCCUAUUGGUUUCUUUUGGCUUAAGAUCACAGAUAUCACUGAAGGUCUUCGUAAGCGCAAAAUGCCUCAAUCCCAAUGGAUGUUGGCUGAAGACGCACAGAAGCUUCGUCAUGAUACUGAUGGCAAUUCCAUCAUGGAGAGAGAAGACAGCAGUGCUGCCCUUCAACCUAUCCCCCCUGUUCAGGUAAAUCAGAAUGAAGGCGGUAUUGAGGCUUGGUUUGAUGUUGAGCCUGUUGGUAAAUUGGCACUUCGAUUGAACUUUGUUCGUGCAGAAGGCAACCGACGUCCUAUGGACAAAUUGGGUCGUGCUGGUGCUGUGCGCCAACGUCGUGAAGAAGUGGUUGAAGUCAACGGUCACGGCUUUGUUGAGAACAGAUUCUAUAAUGUCAUGAAGUGUGCUCUCUGUCAAGAAUUCUUUGUUAACAGCGGUUAUCAAUGUGAAGACUGUGAAUACACUUGUCAUAAGAAAUGUUCUAGCAAAGUGGUUACUAAAUGUCCCAAGAACUCAACUGACAAUGACUCUGAUGAAGAUAAACUCAACCACAAAAUUCCUCAUCGCUUUGAACCCAUUACUAAUAUUGGUGCCAAUUGGUGCUGUCACUGUGGUUAUAUGUUGCCUUUGGGCUCUCGUGGUUCUAAGCGAUGCUCAGAAUGUGAUAUUACAGCCCAUACACGAUGUGAGAACUAUGUUCCUGAUUUCUGUGGUUUAAGUAUGGAAAUGGCAAACCAAAUGCUUGCUGAAAUCAAGGCUGCUGCUAAACGCAAGACUCAUGAGACAAAGGGCAACCGCACAUCUAAGCAAGAAACAACAGCACAAGAAGCACCUUUACCUGCUUUACCCCAAGCAGAAGAACAAUCGUCUGUAGAAGAGGAACUUAGUUUGCAACUUUCAUCUUCUGUUAGUUUGACCCCUCAAACACCUCAAAAGAGCCCUGUGAUUGUGCCUCAAACACCACCCAACAUGUAUAGUCAACCACAACCUCAACCACAAUCACCUCAACAACCUUAUUAUUCCCCUAACAAUGCUACCAUGAGUAUGCCCCAACCUAACAGAAUUUAUCCUCCACAAGGAUCUCCACAACAACAGCGCCCACCUAGUUUACCCGCUCAUCAACAACCUGUCUAUGGUUACAACAAUGCCCCUAUGAAUGUAGAUCCUAGAUACCAACAACAGCAACAACAAAUGUAUUAUCAACAACAACAACAACAACAACAACAACAACAACAACAGACUAGACCUCAACAACCUUAUCCAUACCAACCCCAACAUCCUCAAAUGAUGGGCAUGAUGCAUCAACGACCCAAGGUUGCUUUGGAUAGUUUCAGUUUCUUGGCUGUACUUGGUAAAGGUAACUUUGGUAAGGUUAUGUUGGCUGAAGAAAAGUAUGACAAGAAAUUAUAUGCUAUCAAGAUGUUGAAGAAGCGGUUCAUUAUUGAUAAUGAUGAAAUUGAAAGUCUCCGUUCUGAGAAACGUGUCUUCCAAGCUGCUAAUCGUGAACGCCAUCCUUUCUUGAUCAAUUUGCACAGUACUUUUCAAACUGAGACCCGUGUUUACUUUGUUAUGGAGUAUGUUAAUGGUGGUGAUUUAAUGUGGCAUAUUCAACGUGGUCAAUUCUCUGAGAGAAGAGCUAAAUUUUAUGCUUGUGAAGUCCUUUUGGCACUUGAAUACUUCCACAGCCAAGGAAUCAUUUAUCGUGAUUUGAAAUUAGAUAACAUAAUGUUGGGUCUAGAUGGUCACAUCAAAAUGGCUGAUUAUGGUUUGUGUAAGGAAAAUAUGGGUUACGGCAAGACAACAGGUACUUUUUGUGGUACACCUGAGUUCAUGGCUCCUGAAAUUUUGCGUGAACAAAACUAUGGUCGUGCUGUUGAUUGGUGGGCUUAUGGUGUUUUGAUCUACGAAAUGCUGCUAGGUCAAUCUCCUUUCCGUGGCGAAGAUGAAGACGAAAUCUUUGAUGCUAUCUUGGAAGAUGAUAUUCUUUAUCCUAUCAACAUGUCUAGUGAUUCUAUCUCUAUCUGCCAACAAUUACUACAACGUGAACCUACACAAAGAUUAGGUGCUGGCCCUGACGACGCUGCCCCCAUUAAGCUCCAUCCUUUCUUCCGUGGUGUUAACUGGGAAGAUAUGCUGGCAAAGCGUGUUCCUCCUCCCUUUUACCCCACUAUCUCUGGUCGUCUGGAUACUUCCAACUUUGAUGAAGAAUUCACUAAUGAAGUUCCCGCAUUAACGCCUAUGGAUUCCAACUUGAACCGUAUUGAACAACAAGAAUUCACAAACUUUUCUUAUGCUGCUGAUUGGGUUAUUUCUACUUAAUUAUAUUGUAAAAAAAAAAAUACUCCAAAAAUAAAUUAUAGCUUGUCUUCUACAUUAGAUGAUCUCUUGAUCC